GAACGCGUCCCCUUUGGCGCGGGAGCUGGGCCUGGGAUUUGGCAGUGCUUGCGACCGCGGUUUCCGAGCUCCCCGGCUGUCCCGUAGCGUUCUGGAGUAGCCGGCAGCGGGUUUUCCCACGCGGCGUUCUGCUUGAAACCGAGUCGGUGGUUGCGACACGGGCUCCCGAGCCGUGAGGCCUGGCUGCCGCUGGAAAAACUGAGAGACCCGGCUGGACGGGCCCAAACCCAGCUUCCAGAGCCCAACAUCGCAGGCUCAGACCCGGCCUCUGAGGGGAGAGGCGGGAGAGAAGAGUCCAGCCCAGGAGCACUCAGAGCAGGCCUGCAGAUUGCGGCUGGGGUCAGAGAACUGCUGAGAGGCGGUGGCACGAGGUGUGACCCAAAUGCUGGAGGAAGGAGAGCUGCCUUCUCCAGACUCUGCCCUUCCCGGAGACGAAAGCACAGGAGAUGAAGGAUUGGCCGCUGGUCUCCUCACAGUUGGGGCCCACGGCUCCACAGCCUUCAGCAGCGUGACUGUAGCUUUUACCCAGGAUGGGUGGAGGCCCUUGGUCCCUGCUCCGAGGGGGACUCCAAGGUUCAAGGAGGGGUUACCAGAAAACACCAGGAAUCUGGUCCUGCUGGGACUUCCAGUUUCCCAGCCCAGUGUGAACUCCCAGUUGGACCAGAGGGAAGACGGUCCAUGGGUGCUGCAGGGAGGAAGCCUGAGGAGCACCUGCCCCGACUGGAAGAUUAUGUCUGAAUCACCACCCGAGCAUGACAUUUCUGAAGAUUCAUUCCAAGACCCAAGUAUAGAGCUGCCCCCUGGGGAGUCAGAUCACAGGAACAGUGACCUGGGGAAGAGCUUCAACCUGAGACCAGUCCUUUCUCCACAACAGAGAGUUCCCACAGAAGUGAGACCCCGGAAAUGGGAAGCACAUCCAAAGAGCUUCAGGAAGAAUUCUCCUAUAAUUAAGCCCCACCGAGCAAAACCGUAUACUUGUAGCGAAUGUGGCAAAUCCUUCAGUUACUGUUCCUCCCUUUCUCAGCACCAGAAGAGCCACACUGGGGAGAAACCCUACGAGUGCAACGAGUGUGGGAAGGCUUUCAGCCAGAGCUCAUCUCUUAUUCAGCACCAGAGGAUUCACACCGGAGAGAAACCCUACAAAUGCAGUGAAUGCGGGAGAGCCUUCAGCCAGAACGCAAACCUCACGAAGCACCAGCGAACUCAUACUGGAGAAAAGCCCUACAAAUGUAGUGAGUGUGAAAAAGCCUUUAGUGACUGUUCAGCCCUUGUUCAGCAUCAGAGAAUUCACACCGGGGAGAAGCCCUAUGAGUGCAGCGACUGCGGGAAGGCCUUCCGUCAUAGUGCGAAUCUCACAAACCACCAGAGGACCCACACGGGGGAGAAGCCCUACCAGUGCCGUGAGUGUGGGAAGGCCUUCAGUUACUGUGCUGCCUUUAUUCAGCAUCAGAGAAUCCACACUGGGGAGAAACCAUAUAAAUGUGGGGCAUGUGGGAAGGCCUUCAGCCAGAGCGCAAACCUCACAAACCAUCAAAGGACUCACACAGGAGAGAAGCCCUACAAGUGCGGCGAGUGUGGGAAGGCUUUCAGCCAAAGCACAAAUCUCAUCAUCCACCAGAAGACCCACACUGGGGAGAAGCCAUAUAAAUGUAAUGAGUGUGGGAAGUUUUUCAGUGAGAGCUCAGCCCUUAUCCGACAUCAUAUAAUUCACACGGGAGAAAAACCCUACGAGUGCAAUGAGUGCGGGAAGGCAUUUAACCAGAGCUCGUCCCUUAGUCAACAUCAGAGGAUUCACACUGGCGUGAAGCCCUAUGAAUGUAGGGAGUGUGGCAAGGCCUUCCGGUGUAGCUCUGCCUUCAUUAGACACCAGAGACUCCACGCUGGGGAGUAACCAGAGGACCAAAGUGGGUGGGGACCUGGCAGGAAAUGCAGGUAGUCUGAAAACCUGUGGAGACCUGGGACCUUACAGUCUGUAGCUCAGAGCCACACGCAAAAGCACCUUUAAUAAAUAGUCCCGAUUUUACAUGUCGCAGGUG